AAGCACCACGACCAACCCGAAUCCACGGCGUUAAAUUGUAGUAUAAUCUUUUGCGUCCGAAGCAAAAACAAUACCUUUGUCGGCACCACCGCUUCUGUGUCUUAAGAAGAGAGAAGCAGACGCAAAAAAUGACGACUCUUUCGGCCUCCUCUCUAUUAUCUUCUUCUUCGCCUCUAUGCAAAUCCAGAUUCUCUCCAACAACUCGAACUGACUUCAUCUCUUUCUCCCAUCGGACAACUCUUUCCUCGCCGCCGAUUCUUUCCUUCUCCGUCAAACAUCAUCAUCGCCAGAGAAACUCGCUCCAAGUGAAAUCAGUAGCUAGCCCGGCGGAGACGGCGUCGGAGUUCGAUGAGAUGGUCUCCGGGACGAAGAGAAAGUAUUACAUGCUUGGAGGGAAAGGAGGAGUGGGGAAAACUAGUUGCGCUGCUUCUUUAGCUGUGAGGUUUGCUAACAAUGGUCACCCAACUCUCGUUGUCUCCACAGAUCCAGCUCAUUCGUUAAGCGAUUCCUUUGCUCAGGAUUUGACUGGAGGAAUGCUUGUGCCUGUUGAAGGACCUGAAUCUCCUCUGUUUGCUCUUGAAAUAAACCCUGAGAAGGCGAGAGAAGAGUUUCGUAGUGCCUCUCAGGCGGAUGGAGGGACUGGUGUUAAAGAUUUUAUGGAUGGUAUGGGUCUUGGGAUGCUUGUUGAACAGUUGGGGGAACUUAAACUUGGUGAGUUGCUUGACACACCUCCUCCUGGAUUGGAUGAAGCUAUUGCUAUUUCUAAGGUCAUUCAAUUUUUGGAAUCACCUGAGUAUAACAUGUUCACCAGAAUCGUGUUUGACACUGCACCAACGGGUCAUACGCUGAGGCUACUCUCCUUACCAGACUUCCUUGACGCCUCCAUAGGUAAAAUCUUGAAGCUUAGGCAGAAAAUAACCUCGGCUACUUCAGCAAUCAAAUCAGUCUUUGGGAAAGAAGAUAACAAGCCUGAUGCUGCUGACAAAUUGGAAAGACUAAGAGAGAGGAUGGUUAAAGUUCGAGAGCUUUUUCGUGACACAGAGUCUACAGAGUUUGUCAUUGUUACUAUCCCCACGGUAAUGGCUGUCAGCGAGUCUUCUAGAUUAAGUGCUUCGUUGAAGAAAGAAAGUGUCCCGGUCAAAAGACUUGUUGUUAAUCAGAUUCUCCCUCCAUCCUCCUCUGACUGCAAAUUUUGUUCCAUUAAAAGAAAGGACCAAAUGCGAGCUCUUGAUAUGAUCCGGGAGGAUUCGGAACUCUCAGGUUUGACGUUGAUGCAGGCUCCGUUGGUGGACAUGGAGAUUAGAGGUGUCCCUGCUCUGCGUUUCUUGGGAGAUAUCAUUUGGAAAUGAGUUCACAGCACAUAUUGUUAUUGUUACGAAGAAGCAAAGCAAGUUCAGUUGUAUGAAGUUAGUGUUGGUUACUUACAACUUACAUUAUAUAGUUUUUGGCACAGAUGUUGGAAUGGUCCUUUAAACAAUAAAUAUUGCAAUUCUUGGGGAGCAAAAUAGCCUCUAAGAUGUUUACAUAGUUAAUGUGUAGAAUAAGACCUACAAUAAGCCAUUGCUUUAUAUAAGAAAACAGCCAGGCUUCACCUUAAGCCAGUGUAAA